AUGCUUCCAAGGACAGGUUCUUUCGAUGGAAUUCCAAAAAACUUCAGGGCAAGCCUGAGAAAAACACACAGUGAAGAAGGCUCUGAUAUAUUUGAUUACAUGGAUGAAGGAAUUUCUAGAAGCACUUCUCAAUACUCUGGAAUCCUCUCAAUUGCACCACCAUCCGCCAAACAAUCUGGAGAUUUCAGUCAUCUUCCAACAAACUUUGUGACUCCAAAAAAUGAAGAUCCGUUGAGGAGAAAACUUGUGGGUUUUCUCAAAAAUACAAUCAAAAUAAUUCCACUAAUGCACAAGGCAUCGACUGAUAGUGAAAGAGAUUUGAAUAAAAAUCAAAAAGAUCCAUCGAAUAAUAAUCAAGAAGAAAAAGGAGAAGAAGAGAAUCCAACUACUGCAAAAUCAGCAAGAUUUCAAAGUAAGGAUUUGAAGAAAAAAGUAGAAAAAGGGAAAGAAGAAGAUCCAAAAAUGAUGGACUCGGAAUCAGCGGUUUAUGAAAUCGACGAAUUGAAUUCAACGAUUGCUCCGUCGAGUUCUCGGCAGUGUAUUGUUGAAGCAGAUCUCGAAUGUGCGGUGACCAUCAAAAAGCCAAAGAAGAAGCCACUUCAACGUACGGAGUUCCAUCCACGUCCUCCAUUUUCAUGUGUUCCAAUUUAUACUGCAAUUCUUCUCGGAUUAUUGAUUGUUUUGAUUGUUGGAGCAGUCACAACAAUCAUCGAUAUGAGACCUGCAUUCAUUUAUGGAGAUGCCGAUAAUUCUACUCAUUUGGAGCUUAAUAAGACGUUAACUUCAAUUGUUGAACCACCCCCACCUAUCUCUCUAUCCACUUUAAAACCACAGUAA